CCCCCCUUCCAGCCAACACAGCGACUACACGCCCCGGUUCUGUCCGGACACACCCCCCCCCUUCCAAUCACAAACCUCCGGACACACCCCCCCCCCCCUUCCAGUCCACGGACACUUCCCCCCCCCUUCCAGUCCGGACACUUCCCACCCCCCCCUUCCAGUCCGGACACUUCCCCCCCCUUCCAGUCCGGACACUCCCCCCCCUUCCAGUCCAGACACACCCCCACCUUCCAGUCCAGACACAACCCCCCCUAUCCAGUCCGGACACUUCCCCCCCCCUUCCAGUCCGACAACACCCCCCCCCCUUCCAGCCGAGGGGGACUACUUCCCCCCCCCUUCCAGUCCGACACUUUCCCCCCCUUCCAGUCCAACACUUCCCCCCCCUUCCAGUCCGGACACUUCCCCCCAUUCCAGUCCAGACACAAUUUCCCCCCCCCAUUCAGUCCAGACACACUUUCCCCCCCUUCCAGUCCGGACACUUCCCCCCCCCUUCCAGUCCGGACACUUUCCCCCCCCUUCCAGUCCGAACACUUCCCCCCCCCCUUCCAGUCCGGACACUUUCCCCCCCCCCCUUCCAGUCCGGACACUUUCCCCCCCCCUUCCAGUCCGGACACUUCCCCCCCCCCUUCCAGUCCGGACACUUUCCCCCCCUUU